AUGAUCAAGGUCAGGAUUGUGAUCCAAACGACGCUGGAGCAGGGCCGCAUCCUCGAAGCCGAUGCCCUGCUGAAGGAGUGCGCCGAGCGGUCGCAGUUUGCCAAGGCCUGCUUUCCCAUGGUGGCCUUUGGCUCCCAAAAGCAGAUUCUCAUCGGCAUUGGCUGUUUGUUCGUGACGAUGGUUUGGGGAGAUGAUCGGCUCUUGGUGAAAGGGCUGAAGCACGUUGCGGGCCGGUUCCGAUCUUUGGGCAAUCAGGUCAUGGAUGGCUUCAAGGGCCAGGCGGUGAUCGAGGAUCGAACGGUGACAGACAUUACGCUUUUACGCCACCGUCGCACGAUGAAGCAGCUGGUGGCGAUGGACCUGUGCCAAUUCUUGAAUGGCUUGGCGAAAGAGCUGAUGUUGCAGGACCUUGAUGAAGUCUUCAUGAGAUCGAGCCGUGAUGGCGAUGUGGUGAUACGUGGGAACGCACGUUUGACAUUUGAGGUCGAGCAGUUCUAUGUCACUCGGCCACUCCCCGCGGCGGCUGCUGUGACCACGGCACCGGUUGGCCAUGGCGAGGAGCUUGAGCCAGGGAUUUUUGAGCCUGGACUGGAAUCCUUGGCAUUGGCUGCCUUGAAGGCUACCGGUGACGAGGAGCCCCCUUCUGCACGCCACUUCCUGAUGAGCACGGCCCGGAGCAAAGCCAGCGAGGCUGACAAGAAGGACAAGAAGAAAAAGAAGGAGACCCGGACCAAAAGCUCCAAGAAGGACAAAGGCAAGAAGAAGAAGAAGAAGAGCAGCAGCGAUUCCUCCAGCAGCGGCCCGGAGGACUCCACCUCUGUCCUGGAGUCUGAGGAUGUUGAUGAUUCUGCGGCUCUGUUUGGGCUGUCGCGACGGGAGCUGCAGAAAGGUGACGAUGUAUACAAGCUAGAUGAUCUCCCGAGCAAGCACUUGGGCUUCGUGGUGUCGCAUGUGAGCGAGCUUGUGGGUGCCGCGGAAGUUUAUGAAUGUGGGGGGGAGCUGGAGCCUUGGAUUCCGUUUGGUUUCGGUUGGGCAUUGCUGGGACAAUUGAGUUACUAG